CCAGAACCUCUCUGACCACGCUGUCGGCACAGACCCACCGGCAGAGAGGACAGGUCAAAGGCAUGCCAAAUUUUCCAUGAUGCCUGGCCAGUAACAUCAGCCAUGACCUGGAGGGACAGGGACAAGAGGUAGUUUGGUCUUCUUAGCGAGGUCAGCCUGGAGCUCUGCCCGUUGAGGAGAGACCUUCAGAGGUGUUGAAUGAUGAGUGCGAUAAUGCCAACUCCUGCUGCUCCGUGGUGAGCUGUGACGCCAAACUCAAAUCACUUUAGACCUGAAGCUGGACUUAGCCUGCGGUCCUGGGCUUAGAAGGAAAUGCUGUCUCUCCUCUGUGAUCAUCCCUCAACUCUGAACGUCUUCCGUUGAAAAACUGACCUUCCGCACUAGGAGGCGAGGAUCAAAUGGGUUGAGAAAAACUGGCCCUCCUCGUUUUUGGGCAAAGAGGAUUCUUUCAUAUACUUUUAAGUGCCAGGACAUGAAACAGUAAAUCCCUCCUUCCUGCACUCCUGUCUCCUGCAAACAGCCCCGACUGCGGUCCAAGCCAGCCAGUUAAAGGGUUAACCAUAACUGGAUGCCUGAAUGGCUGCCUUACUGAUCCCACGGAGGAACAGAGGGAUGAGGACUCGCCUGGGCUGCCUGUCUCACAAAUCAGACUCAUAUAAUGAUUUCACAGCUAUUCUUCCGGACAAGCCCAACCGGGCUUUGAAAAGACUGUCAACAGAAGAAGCAACAAGAUGGGCAGACUCCUUUGAUGUCCUUUUGUCUCAUAAAUAUGGUCUGGCUGCUUUCCGUGCUUUCCUGAAGACAGAGUUCAGCGAGGAGAACCUGGAGUUCUGGCUCGCCUGCGAGGACUUCAAGAAGACCCGCUCUGCAGCCAAGCUGGCCUCCAAGGCCCAGCGGAUCUUCGAGGAGUUCAUUGAUGUGCAGGCCCCUCGAGAGGUGAACAUAGACUUCCAGACACGGGAGCUGACGAGAAGAAAUGUGCAGGAGCCCUCCCUCUCUUGCUUUGACCAAGCUCAGGGGAAGGUGCACAGCCUGAUGGAGAAAGACUCGUAUCCCAGGUUCCUGAGAUCCAAAAUUUACACAGACCUGCUGUCUCAAACCCAGAGGAGGCUCAGCUAGAGCAGCGAUGGGGCCCUCAGAAACCAUGUGCUUCCCACAACAGCCAAAACCCAUGUCUAAAUGUGAAACUUUCUUGGUCUUAAAAGCAGUGGGAAUGAGAAAAGAGGGGGAAGGGGAAGAGGAGGCUUCCAGAG